CUUUACAGUCAUUCUCGGAACCUAUCAGAGCCUGGCCAGAUGAGGAUUGGUCUGGGAUUUCAGAUCCUCAAGUGCGGCGGAGGCUGCAGAAUCGUCUAAAUCAGCGAGCGCGGCGGUUGCGGGGAAAUCAGACGAGAUCUACCAAGGCGUUGUCCAUCACAGGGCUCAAUUCCACAGAACCCACACCACAUCCUGGCGCUGGCAAUAGUACGAUGCUUAUGCUCCGGCAAAUCGAACACAUCCACAUCCUGCACGCCGACUUAGCGGAGACCAGGACCAUGAUGCACAAUCUAGAAGCAAUAGCGCGUGACCAGUACCUUGUCGGCUCCCCGCGUACCGACUUGCUACUCCAUCUAGUCCAGUUUAAUUUCACCAAGGCUCUGAUGGAGAAUACAAGAGUGCUAGGCCUGACAUCGGCGGAGCUGCACGAUGAUGCCAUUUCACCGUUCAACACCGCCGGCCCGUGGCAGUAUGACCGUCACGCGCUUCUCCCUCCUGGGCUACAGCCCACUAUAGUCCAGCGCACUGUACCUCAUCAUCCAUGGCUAGAUCUGCUUCCAAUUUCGCAGAUGAGAGAUAACCUCAUCUUUGCUGGAGAGUCGUAUGAUGAGACUCAGUUGUGUCUCGACCUGAAAGGGCAAGGAAGCGUGAAUGCUGAAUAUUCGGGCAUCAUUGUUUGGAGCGACCCGUGGGAUCCGAACGGGUGGGAGGUUACGGAGGGUUUUGCUCGCUCUUGGGGAUGGGUUAUACAGGGCUGUUGGGGUCUCUUCCGGUCUACGAAUGCUUGGAGAGCACAGCGGGGUGAGAAGCCUUUAUUUCCGUCAUCUGCCAACUGA